AUGGCCGCAGCACCAGAGGUCGCAGCACAGGCUGCUCCUUUAUCAGAGCCUCAGGUUAGGGCUGCUGAUGUUCAGGAGAAGCUGGCUGAGGACGUGUCGGCCCUCACAGUCACUGACAGCGAGGCUGUUCCUCCGGCGCACCGAUCUCAUGACCCUCAGUAUAACCAGAAGCGGUCCGAUCCCUUCCAGUUCGGAUCCCGUUUUCUUGAAGAGGGCGAUGAUCCCUUCGAGUUCAACGCCUGGGACCACGUGGAGACUGACGAUGCCUUUAAGGAGUUUGCUGAGCAGCAGUAUGAAAUGCAGCGUCAGUCUCCCGUCUCGGAUUUUGACAAAUAUCGAUUCAACUCAGACCCUGCCAAGUGGUGGAACUUGUUCUACAAGAACAACACCGCCAACUUCUUCAAGAACCGCAAAUGGUUGCAGCAGGAGUUCCCGGUGCUUGGCAAGGUAACCCAAGAGGAUGCCGGCCCCGUCACACUCUUAGAAAUAGGAGCUGGUGCCGGCAACACUGCUUUCCCAAUCCUGGCACAGAACAAGAACCCUCAGCUCAAGGUCCACGCCUGUGAUUUCUCUAAGAAGGCCGUCGAGGUCAUGCGCUCCCAUGAGGAGUAUGACACGAAACACAUGCAGGCUGACGUUUGGGACAUCGCCUCGGACGAACUCCCUCCUGGUCUAGAGGAAGGCUCGGUAGACGUUGCACUUCUCGUCUUCAUCUUCUCUGCAUUGUCCCCGUUGCAGUGGAAGAAGGCCGUUGAGAAUGUGCACCGGCUGCUCAAGCCCGGCGGCGAGGUCUGCUUCCGUGACUAUGGAAGAGGAGACCUUGCACAGGUCCGAUUCAAAAAGGGUCGCUACCUGGAAGAGAACUUCUAUAUCCGUGGAGAUGGAACCCGCGUUUACUUCUUCGAGAAGGACGAGCUGGCCUCUAUAUGGACCGGCGAGAAGUUCAGAGCCGAAGAUGGCGAUGAGGACGCGCAGAAGGCGCCGCUAUUCGAAGUAGAAGGCCUCGGUUUCGACCGUCGCAUGCUUGUCAACCGAGCCCGCCGUCUCAAGAUGUAUAGAUGCUGGCUACAGGGUAGAUUCAUUAAGAAAUAG